CGGAUUUGAACAGUAAUUAUCAUAGUAGUGAAGCAGUAACAGCCACGAAAGUAGAGUGUGUAAAAUCCAAGCUUUACACAGUUAACUCUCAAUUCAAGCUUCUCUCUAUCUAUUAUGCCUAUCUCUGGUUGAUGUUUCCUAUGUUUGUUCAUACAAGCAGUUACGUAAUGUGUGAGAUAUUUAGAGUUUCACACUUCCACAAGAAAAGAGAAUGUCUAUUUCCUCUCAAAACACCGUGGAACUGUUCCUUAAAACCAGCUUAUGUGGAUGCAAACGAUAUGACUGAGCAUAGAAAACUCCGUUUCCGAUCAACAGGCUUCAAUUAUCACAAGGCGUCAUCUCAAGACAUGGAUAAAAUUGAAAGCAAUGUCGCUGACGAAGAUUGUUUGCAAGACCUGGCUCUUUCAAAUUCUUAUGAAACUGCAAUGGAAGCACUCUCCUCUUUGAUUACUCGUCAAAAACGUGGAAGCCUCUCCUCUGUUGUAGACAAAUUUGAAAAGUUGGAUAGGAUGCGGUUGUAUCUUAAGAUACUGGACUUGGAAGAGCAUAUAGCUGAUCUCAAGAUUAUCCAUGUGGCAGGAACUAAAGGGAAGGGUUCAACCUGCGCAUUCUGUGAAGGUAUUUUACGAGAAUGUGGCUUUCGAACGGGGCUUUUUACCUCACCCCAUCUGAUUGAUGUGAGAGAAAGAUUCCGUAUAGAUGGCCUGGAUAUAUCUGAAGAUAAAUUUUUGUUAUACUUCUGGGAUUGUUGGAAUCGGUUGAAGGAACAGGUAACUGAGAACCUCCCAAUGCCUCCCCUAUUUCAAUUCCUCACAAUUUUGGCAUUCAAAAUAUUUAUCAGCGAACAGGUAGAUGUUGCUGUAAUUGAAGUUGGUCUUGGAGGAAUGAAUGAUUCAACAAAUGUGAUUAAAGAACCUAUUGUCUGUGGCAUCACAUCUUUGGGGAUGGAUCAUACAGAGUUAUUAGGUAACACACUUGGACAAAUUGCAUCACACAAGGCUGGAAUUUUCAAGCCUCAAAUUCCUGCAUUUACGGUACCUCAACUUUCUGAAGCAAUGGAUGUUCUUCAGGAGAAGGCCCAUGAAUUGACGGUACCUCUAAAAGUAGUGGCGCCUCUUGAUCAGAAAAAGCUAGAGGGAAUUAAGCUUAGCUUAUCCGGUGAUCAUCAAUUCAGUAAUGCUGGUCUUGCUGUUUCCCUAUGUGAAUGCUGGCUUCAAAGGACAGGAAACUGGGGAAAAGUCUUCCAAAAUGAUAACCAGGAAGCUCAUUUUCCGGAGGCUUUUCUAAGAGGUCUUGUAACAGCACGUCUUUCUGGGAGGGCUCAAGUAAUCCAUGAUUCAUCUUCAAGGUCCCUCGCUUCUGGAGAAUUAAUCUUCUACCUGGAUGGAGCUCAUAGUCCAGAAAGCAUGGAGGCCUGUGCCAAAUGGUUCUCUAGUGCUGUUCAAGAAAACAAAAUUUUACCACAGUUGUUCUCUUCUCCUAAUGAUGUUCGAUGUAUGAAAGAAGUUAUGGGAAAUGGUUACAUCCAAAGGGAAACUGGAAGCUCUGAAGGGUCUAACAAAAUAUCAAAGAAGAUUCUUUUAUUCAAUUGCAUGGAGGUAAGAGACCCUCAAGUUUUGCUUCCACAGCUUGUGAAUACAUGUGGUUCAUCAGGUACCCACUUCUCAAAGGCUAUUUUUGUCCCAAGCAUGUCUAGAUACAACAAGGUUACCUCUGGUGCCUCGGCUAUUCCUUCAGAUACCUCUAGUCGGGAUUUGUCAUGGCAAUUCAGCCUGCAGAGGCUUUGGGAGAAGAUUAAACAUGGCACAGUGGCAGAUUCAGCUCUUGACAAAAGCUCCAAGUUUGAUAGCACAAUGAACUUACCACCACGUGAAUUUCUUUAUGAGGACGCUUCACGUUGUAGUCCUACAGAUGGAAAUUUUGCCUGCAGCGCGGUCAUUUCUACAUUACCAUUGACAAUAAAAUGGCUUAGGAAUUGUGUUAGAGAAAAUCCUACCCUGAGAGUGCAGGUUCUUGUAACUGGAUCAUUACAUCUGGUUGGCGAUGUACUAAAGCUGUUAAAGAGAUGAGUCAGGUGACAUGACAAAACUUAGAAGGCUUGGGAUUGUCAAUAACAUUCUUUCACACAUUGAUUUUUACCACCAUUUUUAGAGCGGCCAAGGUAUAUCAUACGCGGUUAAGUGUGUUCAAGUGCAAAUCAAGUUAAUUCUCUCAUAUAUCGCAUGGAAACUUCUCCAAUUUUAUGUUUCUGCAUUUUGUUUUUGUUUCUGAAAAUGCUUCUGAAACUUCUCCAAUUUUAUGUUUCUGCAUUUUGUUUUUGUUUCUGAAAAUGCUUCUGAAACUUCGCAACUCUUUAUUUAUAACCUAUUCUUUAAAAAAAUAUAUCAUUAUGCUGCUUCUA